GGACUCAGAUUUGGUGAUCAGAUCUUGCAGUUGAACGGCGAAAACGUGGCCGGAUUUACCACCGAUAAGGUGCACGACAUCAUCAAGAAGUCGGCCGUCAAUGACAUACAUCUGGUGGUGAGAGAUCGACCCUUCGAGCGAGUGGUGACUCUGCAUAAGGACAGUGUGGGUCACGUAGGCUUCACCUUCAAGAACGGCAAGAUUAACGCCAUUGUGAAGGACUCGUCGGCCGCACGCAAUGGUCUGCUCACUGAACACAACUUCUUGGAGAUCAACGGACAGAAUGUGGUCGGAAUGGACGACAAAGCCAUUCGUAAUGUCAUUGACUCGGCCGGCGAUGUCAUCACUCUUACAAUUAUGCCAUCGUUUGUCUUCGAGCAUAUGAUGAAGCAAAUGGCCACCAGUUUAGUGAAGAGAUUAAUGGAUCACUCGAUUCCUAAUGUCUGAAAAUGUGGAUUUGUUUUCAAUAUUACGUUUGAUUUUCAUAUUUUAAUACUAAAUAACGAUUUGAUACUCUAAUCAGUAUAUAAUGAAUACGC